UUUACCAAGAUGUCUGCAGCCUGACAACUAUUACCCAUAACAUAGCUAUAUCAAGAAAUACGUCCGUAUAACUCAGCCGAAUCUUUUAUAAAAGUGAAGCAUGCAGCUAAAGUAUCUGAAGACUCUUCUAACUCCUCAGGAUGGAGCUGCUAAAGUCACCUGUAUGGCUUGGGCUCCUAACAAUUCAAAGUUUGCAGUGUGCACUAUUGAUAGAGUGGUUAUACUGUAUGAUGAGCAAGGAGAGAAACGAGACAGAUUUACUACAAAACCUGCUGACCCCAAAUAUGGAAAGAAAACCUAUGUGGUCAAGUCCAUGGCAUUUUCGCUCGAUUCAACCAAGAUAGCAGUGGCUCAAACAGACAACAUUAUAUUUGUUUACAAAAUUGGGGAGGAGUGGGGAGAUAAAAAGAUUAUUUGCAACAAAUUUAUUCAAACAAGUGCUGUAACAUGUCUGGUUUGGCCAUCAGAGCAUACAAUAAUAUUUGGACUAGCAGAGGGUAAAGUUCGACAAGCCAAUACAAAAACAAGCAAGUCCUCCAUGAUCUACGGAACGGACUCUUAUGUUGUCUCACUAACGACAAAUGUCUCAGGGAAGGGAAUCCUCUCGGGUCAUGCAGAUGGAACGGUUGUUCGGUACUUCUUUGAUGAUGAAGGAUCUGGAGAAUCUCAGGGCAAAUUGUUGACUCAUGCAUGCCCACCGUACGCCAUGGCAUGGGGCACCAACAGCAUAAUUGUGGCUGGAUGCGAUAAGAAGAUCGUGGCCUAUGGAAGGGAGGGCCACGUGCUUCAGACAUUUGACUACAGCCGAGAUCGCUCCGAAAAGGAAUUCACAGUGGCAGCAUCUAGCCCCAGUGGCCAGUCCAUAGUCGUGGGAAGCUUUGACAGGUUGCGAGUUUUCAACUGGAGUCCCCGAAAAGGCAUCUGGGAUGAAGCUUCUCCCAAAGAGAUUCCAAACCUGUACACCAUCACAGCUCUGUCCUGGAAGAAAGACGGCUCUCGGCUUUCUGUGGGCACACUGUGUGGAGGAGUCGAGUUGUUUGACUGCUGUCUUCGGAGAAGUAUUUACAAGAACAAAUUUGAGAUGACAUACGUAGGACUAAGUCAAGUGAUCGUGAAGAAUUUGUCCACUGGCACACGAGUGGUGCUGAAAUCUCAGUAUGGUUAUGAGAUAGAUGAGUGCUUGGUAGAUCUGGUAUCCAACAAAUUAAGUGAGGUGGCGUGGCAGGGGUCCGGGGGAAAUGAAAAGUUUUUCUUUGAAAAUGAAACGGUGUGCAUGAUUUUCAACGCUGGAGAGCUGGCACUGGUGGAAUACGGAAGCAAUGAAAUCCUGGGAUCUGUUCGGACAGAGUUUAUGAACCCACACCUCAUCAGUGUGCGUCUGAAUGAGAGAAGGCAGAGGGGAGUGGAGGACAACAGAAAGUUGGCUUACCUGAUUGACAUAAAAACUAUUGCUAUCGUGGACCUGGUGGGUGGGUAUAAUCUGGGCACUAUAAGCCAUGACUCCAAGAUAGACUGGCUGGAGCUGAAUGAAACGGGGCGUAAACUGCUUUUUAGGGACAAGAAACUCAGGCUCCACUUGUAUGACAUCGAGAGCAGCCUGAAGAGCACCAUGCUGAGUUUCUGUCCUUAUGUUCAGUGGGUACCGGGUAGUGAUGUAGUUGUGGCCCAGAACAGAGGAAACCUGUGUGUUUGGUACACCAUCGACAGCCCGGAGAGGGUCACGAUGUUUCCCCUCAAGGGUGAUAUUGUAGAUCUGGAGAGAUCCAAUGGAAAAACUGAAGUCAUUGUGACUGAAGGGGUUAACUCUGUCUCCUACACUCUGGAUGAGGGGUUGAUUGAAUUUGGUACAGCCAUUGAUGAUGGUGACUAUUACAGAGCUACAGCAUUCCUAGAGACCCUGGAGAUGUCGGCAGAGACAGAGGCCUUGUGGAAGACUCUGAGUAAACUCUCCCUAGAGGCACAACAGCUCCACAUCGCUGAGAGGUGUUUUGCAGCCCUUGGAGAUGUGUCCAAAGCCCGAUUCCUAAAUGAGACCAACAAAAUUGCAGAUUCAGUCUCAAAGGAAUAUGGUGGUGAUGGUACAGACCACUACCAGGUAAAAGCACGACUGGCCAUGCUGGAUAAGAACUUUAAGCUUGCAGAGAUGUAUUACAUGGAACAGAAUGCGGUGGAUGAAGUGAUGGAAAUGUACCAGGAGCUUCACAUGUGGGAUGAAUGUAUUGCAGUGGCAGAGGCGAAGGGUCACCCAGAGUUGGACAAUUUGAGACGCAGUUACUAUUCUUACCUAAUGGAGACCAAUCAGAAUGAGAAAGCCGGUGAGGUGAAGGAGAAUGAAGGAGACUUCACUGGUGCUGUUAACCUCUACCUGAAAGCAGGACUUCCUGCCAAAGCUGCUUGGCUGGCCAUGAGCAGAGACGAGCUUUUAUCAAGCCAUGACAUCAUCAGCCGCAUCACUGCUGCACUCAUUAAAGGAGAGUUUUAUGAGAGGGCAGGCGACCUGUUUGAAAGGACAAGAAAUAAUCAGAAGGCCUUGGAGUGCUACCGCAAGGGAAAUGCUUUUAAGAAAGCAAUGGAUUUGGCUCGCGUUGCGUUUCCUGCAGAAGUUGUAAAGCUGGAGGAAGUGUGGGGUGACUAUCUAGUGCAGCAGAAAAAAAUGGAUGCUGCCAUCAACCAUUACAUAGAAGCAGGAUGUUCCACCAAGGCCAUAGAGGCAGCAAUCGCAGCACGCCAGUGGAAGAAAGCAUUGCACAUACUGGAGCUACAGGAGGACAAGACUGCUGCCAAAUAUUACCUGAAAAUAGCUCAGCACUAUGCUUCUGUGCAGGAGUUUGAGGUGGCAGAACGUCUGUUUGUGAAGGGUGAUCAUACCAAAGAUGCUAUAGAUAUGUACACUCAGGCUGGGCGAUGGGAGCAAGCUCAUAAGCUUGCUGUGAAGUGCAUGUCACAAGAGGAUGUGUCUGCCCUCUACAUCAGCAGAGCACAAGAGUUAGAGAGAGAGGGGAAGUACAAAGAAGCUGAAAGGCUUUUUACCACAGUAGUUGAACCAGACUUGGCCAUCACUAUGUACAAGAAGAACAAAAUGUUUGACGACAUGAUCCGUUUAGUCGCUGUUCAUCACAAAGACCUACUGCAGGAAACGCGCAUUCACCUGGCUAAGGAGCUAGAGGCUGAAUCCAGGUUUCAGGAAGCGGAGUAUCAUUACCUAGAGGGUCAGGACUGGAAAGCUGCCGUAAACAUGUACAGAGUCAAUGAUAUGUGGGAGGAAGCUUAUCGGAUAGCAAAGACCCAUGGAGGAGCCAGUGCCCAUAAGCAAGUGGCCUAUCUGUGGGCAAAAAAUCUCGGAGGAGAGGUGGCAGUUAAGCUGCUCAACAAGUUUGGCUUUCUGGAAACCGCCAUUGACUUUGCUGCUGAUAACUAUGCAUUUGACUUUGCCUUUGAGUUGGCCCGACUCGCCAUGAAACAGAAGAUUCCUGAUAUUCAUCUAAAAAAUGCCAUGUUCCUCGAGGACCAGGGUAAAUUCAAUGAGGCUGAGACUGAGUUCAUCAAAGCCGGGAAACCCAAGGAGGCUGUGCUAAUGCACGUCCAUAACAAGGACUGGAGUAAUGCCCAGAGAGUGGCAGAGGCUCAUGAUCCGGAAAGUGUGGCAGACAUUCUAGUGAGCCAGGCCAAGUUCUGUUUUGACCAGAAGGAAUUCCAAAAAGCUGAGGCCUUCCUUCUCAGGGCCCAAAGGCCAGAGCUAGCAAUUAAAUACUACAAAGAUGCUGGGAUGUGGACUGAUGCAAUGCGGAUCUGUAAAGACUAUUUGCCCAGCAAGCUGAGCGUCCUUCAAAAGGAAUAUGAAAGCGAGGGCAACUGGGGUGUGGAAGGCAUGGUUGAGCAGGCUCAGGAGUGGGAACAGACAGGCGAAUAUGCCAGAGCCGUCGACUGCUAUCUGAAAGUGAAGGACUCAUCUAACAUGGACUUGCUGAUGAAGUGUUGGAUGAAGGCAGCAGAAUUGGCCAUUAAAUUUUUAUCUCAUGACAUGGCUGUGGACAUCAGUCAGGUCGUCGGGCCACGCCUGAUUCAGCUCAGAAAGUACAAUGAGGCUGCUGAGCUCUACCUCAACCUGGACCUCAUUAAGAACGCCAUAGACGCAUUCAUUGAGGGAGAAGAAUGGAACAAAGCUAAAAGAGUGGCCAAGGAGCUCGAUCCAAGGCUAGAGGAAUAUGUGGACAAACGCUACAAAGAGCACCUGAAAAAUCAAGGCAAAGUUGACUCCUUGGUUGGAGUAGAUGUGGUGGCUGCCCUUGACAUGUACUCUGAGAGAGGACAGUGGGAGAAAUGCAUCGACACAGCCUCGAAACAGAAUUUCAAGGUCCUGCAAAAGUACAUCGCUCUGUACGCCACUCACCUGAUCAAAGAGGGUGAGGCAGAGAAAGUACUCAACCUUUACACUCAGCAUGGCGUUCCCGCUUAUUCACAGAACUUCAACAUCUACAAGCGGAUGUUCCUGGAGCUGGUGAGCGUAAGGGACCGGGAUUGUGCGGAAGCUUAUCGGAUGUGGGCCGAUCUAAGGGACGUCCUUCUGCUGCUGUGUGAAAACCUGAGCAAGUCUUCAGAAGCUAAUUCUCCAGCCCAUGAGGAGUUUGAGCAGAUGCUGCUGGUUGCUCACUAUUACGCCACCCGCUCUGCAGCCAAAGGCAUUGACCAGCUGAGUUCAGUGGCAGCCAAGUUGUCCAUCUCUCUCCUGAGGCACACCGAGCUCAUUCCAGCUGACAAGGCCUUUUAUGAGGCCGGCCUGGCAGCCAAGGCUGUGGAAUGGGAGAACAUGGCUUUUAUCUUCCUCAACCGCUUCUUGGAUUUGGCUGAUGGCAUUGACGAGGGAACAUUGGAUGCUUUAGAUCACACAGACUUCCAGGAUACAGAUAUCCCAUUUGAGGUCCCUGUACCUUCAAAGCUACAUUUCACUGUGGAGAAGAGGGAGGAGAUUAGGGAGUGGGUUCUGACUGUGUCCAUGGACCAACGGGUGGAGCAGGUGCUGCCGAAGGAUGAGAGAGGCACAUAUGAAGCCUCACUAGUGGCUGCCGGCACUGGCAUCCGGUCCCUACCUUGCGUCAUCACAGGUUACCCUGUCCUGCACAAUAAAAUUGAGUUCAAAAGACCAGGGAUGGCAGCAAAUAAAGAUGACUGGAAUAAAUUAUUGAUGGCUACAAAGACCACUCACAGUCCAGAAUGUCAAGAUGUGCUGAAAUUUAUCACACAGUGGUGCGGAGGUCUCCCUUCAGCUGGAUAUUCCUUCCACUAAGACUGGGGAAGGUGCACAAUAUCUAUUUCUCUAUCUGUCAUCAUCCUGUUCUUCACUUUCUCGCAUUUGCCUCCCAGCUGUUCUGCUUAAACAUUUAAACAGUCUUUUUCAUUCUCUUUUCCAAAGGCAACAUUCACUUCUUGGUCAUCAUUCCCUGACCAUUUUUUUAUAACUAAAGUAUCAUAAGGUGAAGAUACAUGAAGGUAAUUUAAUGCGCGUGUUAAAUAUGCUUGACUGCAGAAAGCCUUUGAAUAUAAUCUGUAAGUAACUGUAAUACAUACGCCACUAGUUCAUAUAAGUUGGAUAUUUUGAUAUUUAAACACUAAAUAAAAAACGAAUACUUCAUAAAGAUUGUCAUUGUUCUCAAGGACAUUUGUAUGAGGAUAUUUGAAAUGAAUAUUCAGCUGAAAUAAAAAAGCUAUUUUAUAAAUCAGAAUUAUUGUUGGUUAGGUGUGAUAACGUUUCUAAACUUUCUAAAGGAUGUAUGCCUGUUGUGCAACAUAUUUUAAAUAAAUUAAUUCUAAGACAUAACUCAUCAGUGGCGUUCACUGGUGUAAUUUAUUUUUAUGUAUAAUGAUCAGCUGGUUUAUGAUAAUUAAUAGUCACCUGUCAAACAACGCCAUCUUGUGGAGACCAUAACGUGUUGGGGGUGAAAGAGGACACUCACACUUGUGGCCUCGUACAAUUUUCACUUCUAAUGAUGUAAUAAUAAUGUGGAGUAUUCCUUUUUAUUUCGAGCCAGAUUUUGUUCCAUAAAAACGCAUUAAACUAUGAGGCAUC